CGCAUACACUACAAUGGCUGCUGGAGAGAGGGGAAAGCAAACAAUUUCCAGGCCCGUAGCGUCCAGGCAAAAAUAUGGGAAAAAAAUUAUUAAAAAAUCGGAAAGGCACAUAAACCCUGGAAAUCGACCGCAGGAAGGAUGUUAAUGCUCCCGCGACCUAUAAAAAUGGAAACUUUUAUAGUCUGGUUUCCUCCAAGAAGUGCCAGUGGGACCGGUUAAGAUCGCAAAGGAAAAAAAGACUGUUGGAAAACAACCAGGUGUGAGACGAACGGAAUCUAUCAAAUCACUCUUAAUCCCCUUUUGAUUUUUUUUCGACCACAUGGAACUUGCGAAGCCACCUAAAGCUCUGUCACUUAGUGGAGUUGGGCAGUUGCCAAGUGUCCAACAAGAAGGCCUGGUAUAGGCUGCGAUGGCCACUGUCAUUCCUGGUGAAUUGUCAGAAGUAAGAGAUACCCAGAAAGUCCCUUCAGGGAAGCGUAAGCGUGGGGAAUCAAAACCAAGAAAAAACUUCCCUUGCCAACUGUGUGAAAAGGCAUUUAACAGUGUUGAAAAAUUAAAAGUUCAUUCAUACACUCACACAGGAGAGAGGCCAUACAAGUGCACACAACAAGACUGCACCAAGGCCUUUGUUUCAAAAUACAAAUUAUUAAGGCAUAUGGCUACUCAUUCUCCAGAGAAAACCCACAAGUGUAAUUAUUGUGAGAAAAUGUUUCACCGCAAAGAUCACCUGAAGAAUCACCUCCAUACACAUGAUCCCAAUAAAGAAGCAUUUAAGUGUGAAGAAUGUGGAAAGAACUACAAUACGAAACUUGGGUUUAAACGUCACUUGGCCUUGCAUGCUGCAACAAGUGGUGAUCUCACCUGUAAAGUAUGCUUACAGACUUUUGAAAGCACAGUGGUGCUUUUGGAGCACCUAAAAACCCAUGCAGGAAAAUCUUCCAGUGGUGUUAAGGAGAAAAAACACCAAUGUGAGCAUUGUGAUCGGCGGUUUUAUACACGCAAAGAUGUCCGCAGACACAUGGUGGUGCACACUGGAAGAAAAGACUUCCUUUGUCAAUAUUGUGCACAGCGGUUUGGCCGUAAGGAUCAUCUAACUCGUCAUAUGAAGAAAAGUCAUAAUCAAGAACUGUUGAAAGUCAAAACUGAACCCAUGGAUCUCUUGGAUCACUUUACCUGCAGUGUUCCAAUUAAAGAUGAGCUGCUUCCUGUGAUGUCAUUAUCUUCCAAUGAGCUGACAUCAAAGCCAUUCACAAACAGUUUGCAGUUGAACCUCUACAAUACACAAAUUCAGUCCAUGCAGAGUUCAACAUCUACACACCAAAUGGUCGCUCCAGUGUUGUCUUUGGGUAUGACAUGCCCUAUAGAUAUGGAUCAAAUCCAUCCCUCUCACCAGCUUUCUAUAAAAUAUCCACUCAAUCCUACCUCAUAUACAAUUUCUAUGCCUGAAAAAGAACAGCAAUUAAAAGGAGAAAUUGAAAGUUAUCUAAUGGAAUUGCAAAGUGGCAUGCCAACCUCUUCUCAAGAUUCUCCAUCUUCAUCAUCAAAAUUAGGCUUGGAUCCUCACGUAGGGCCACUUGAUGAUGGCACUGAUGGAGUAUCUCUAUCAAAAAGCUCUGUUUCUAUUAGUGAACCUCUUAAUUCAUCAAUAGACUUUAAUCAAUUGUUCAACUUUAUACCAGCCAAUGGCCCUCCUUACAAUACUCCUGUAUCGGUUGGUAGUUUAGGAAUGGGGUAUUCCCAAGAAGAGGCCCAUUCUUCAAUGACACAGCACCCACUACAUUCACAGGAUCCUCAAGACCCUAACAAUCUGUGUUUUGGUUCUCUACAUUCAUUAUCCUCAGCUUUUACAAGCAGUCUAAACACAACCACAACGUUGCCACGAUUUCAUCAAGCUUUCCAAUAGAAUUUGCUAAGCUGAUUGCAAUAGGUAUUUUAAUCAUUGUGCCAAUGAAAAAAACUUUGAAACACCUCUAAUAUAUAGAAUAGCAGUUUUGUUAAGCCAGUACAAAUUUUAGCUUUUCAAGUUUUACAAUUGUAUUUCUUAAUUGUUUACUUUAGGGUAAGAGUCUCAUUGCUACUUUUAAUUGUUUAGGUUUUUUUUCACUGCCAGCUAUUUGUGUUAAAAAUGAUAGUAAU